AUGCGGCGCCUGCGCCGUGAACCGGUUGGCGAGAGCGCAAGCUACACGAGCCUUCGCUGCAUGGCCUACGCGGAGUUGCUGGGUGGCGACGAGGCCACCGCAGAAGCUCGGCGAAAAUUGGAUACUGCGACCGCGGGCUGGAAAUGGCGCGAAGCAUUCCAGCAUCUCAGCGCAGAAGAGAUUGUCAAAGCGUGGGUGGCUGCUCGCAACCGGGCUGGAGCUCUGCACCUCUACCCCGACGUGGUGCCAUGCUUGGAGGGGCUGGCUUCAUCUGGAGCCAUGGUUGGAGCUAUCACCAACGGUGCUGGCAAUCCGAGCGAUAUCCCGCCUUUGGCCGACUUUUUUCAUUUCUGUGUCUCUGCAGAGGAGGAUACAAUUUUCCCACACCGCAAGCCUUCUCCGGUGAUUUUCGAGGAGGCGCUUGCCCGUGCUCGCGCACUUGGCUGGAGUGGCAAGACAGAGUGGUGGCAUGUGGGCGACGACCUUGCCACAGAUGUGGCAGCUGCUUCCCGUGUGGGCAUGAGGACGGUGCAUGUGGACCGCCCCGGCCAGACGGAGAACCGCUUCAGCGUCAGCUCCAAAGAGGAGCUCGCAGCGCGACAGGCCGGGGCAGCGCCUUGGCUAUGUCAGAGGCUCGAGGCCAGGUCUCAAAUGGCUGUGGGUCAAACAUAG